AUGAAGUUCACCGCCAUCGCUGCUAUGGGAAUGAUGGGCUGUGCCCUCGCCCUGCCCCAGGGCCCUCCUCCUUUCGUCGCCGACCUGCCUCAGGGUCCCCCUCCUCACGCCGGCGAACAGGGUCCUCCUCCUUUCGCUGGUCCCCACAGCCACACACCCAGCGCUAUCCCCAGCAGCACAGCCACCCCAUGCAGCGCUACCGCUAGCCGCACUCCCAGCGCCACUCCCUCUGGCUUCUCCAGUGGCUUCCCCGAGGCCUCCGGUUUCCCCUUCGACAAGCGCCAGUGGGGACUGGGACUCGGUCACGAGGGCGCCCCCCCUCACGGACCCCCCAGCAGCGUCCCUACUCCCAGCGGACCUCCUACCAGCCUGCCGACUAACACUCCCUCCGGCGUUGCCAGCGGCUGGUAUAAAUCGAAGCGCGACUUCCCCACGGACCUCCCCUUCUCCAUUCCCCCGGGCCUCCUGACUGCCUUCCCCACUGGUUUCCCUACCAACCUUCCCUUCCCCUCGCCCGCUCCUUUGUAA